GAUGAGAUUCCUCGCUGCCCAAUCCCCCUGCUCCCCCGGGAGCAGCAGCCUUCCUCGGCCCGGCCCUCCCUCUUGUUUGCUAAUCAUUUCAUUUUACUCCUUUUUGAAGCGCUCGCCUGUUUUUUUAUCCCACUUUUCAUUUUUCCACAAUCCGCGGCUGCUCGCCUCCCUCUGAUCCCGGCUCUGCCGCUCCGUUCUCGCGGCGUCAGGCUGAUUCUCCGCCGCCUCCUCUGAGAUGCUCUCCCCGCUCUCCGCUCCUCUCUCCGACCGCCUUUAACUUCACACGGGCGCAGCUUUAAAGCCCGGACUGCUGCGAGCCGGGGCUGGGAUCUAAAACAACCCCGGAGACACCCACAGGGAUCCGGGGCUCUUCUCUGGAUCAGGACCCGGUACUUUGGGGAAGCUCGCUCGCUCGUGUGCCCCCCCACCCCACCCCUCCUCCUCCCCUCCUUCCUCCUCUUUUCUCCACCUUAAUCCAGGUGGUCCUUUGGCUUUUUGAGUGGCUGGUACAGGGAGGAUUAUUCUUCUUCUUCUUCUUUCGUGUUUCUGGUGAAGACAAAGCUCCCAGAAGGACACUUUGAUGUUCUCCAUCCAGGACAGCCUCCCCCGGGGGGCCCUAACCAUGAAGGAGGAGCCGCUCCCCACCGGCAUGACCCCGGUCCGCUCGUGGAUGCAGGGCGCGGGGAUUUUGGACGCCAACACAGCGGCACAGAGUGGGGUUGGUUUAGCCCGAGCUCACUUUGAGAAACAGCCUCCAUCCAACUUGAGGAAGUCCAACUUCUUCCACUUCGUGCUGGCGCUGUACGACCGUCAGGGUCAGCCGGUGGAGAUCGAGAGGACUUCCUACGUGGACUUUGUGGAGAAAGACAAGGAGUACAACGGUGAGAAGACCAACAAUGGAAUCCACUACAGGCUACAGCUCCUCUACAGCAAUGGCAUCAGGACAGAACAGGAUCUCUACGUCCGGCUCAUAGACUCCAUGACCAAACAGCCCAUCCUGUAUGAAGGACAGGACAAGAACCCGGAGAUGUGUCGCGUCCUCCUCACCCACGAGAUCAUGUGCAGCCGGUGUUGUGACAAGAAGAGCUGUGGAAAUCGCAAUGAGACGCCCUCUGACCCCGUCAUCAUCGACAGAUUCUUCCUGAAGUUCUUCCUCAAGUGCAAUCAGAACUGUUUGAAAAAUGCAGGAAACCCGAGAGACAUGAGGAGGUUCCAGGUGGUGGUGUCCACUACAGUCAACGUGGAUGGUCACGUGCUGGCCGUGUCAGACAACAUGUUCGUCCACAACAACUCCAAACAUGGCCGCCGAGCCCGACGACUGGACCCCUCUGAAGCAGCCACUCCCUGCAUCAAAGCCAUCAGUCCGAGCGAAGGCUGGACGACUGGCGGCGCCACCGUCAUCCUCAUCGGGGACAACUUCUUCGACGGCCUGCAGGUCGUCUUUGGCACGAUGCUGGUCUGGAGCGAGCUGAUCACCCCUCACGCCAUCCGGGUGCAGACCCCCCCUCGCCACAUCCCAGGGGUCGUGGAGGUCACGCUGUCCUACAAGUCCAAACAGUUCUGCAAAGGAGCUCCGGGACGCUUUGUGUACACCGCCUUGAACGAGCCCACCAUCGACUACGGCUUCCAGAGGCUACAGAAGGUCAUCCCUCGCCACCCCGGAGACCCUGAGAGGUUACCUAAGGAAGUGCUGCUGAAGCGAGCGGCCGACCUGGUGGAAGCUCUGUACGGGAUGCCGCACAAUAACCAGGAAAUCAUCCUGAAGCGAGCGGCCGACCUCACCGAGGCGCUCUACAGCGUCCCUCGCAGUCACAACCAGCUGCCGUCGCUCACUGGCUCAGCCGCUCACUCGGGGAUGAUGGGAGUGAACUCAUUCAGCAGUCAGCUCGCCGUCAACAUCUCCGAGGCCUCGCAGGCCGACCAAGGCUAUUCCCGUAACUCAAACAGCGUGUCUCCUCGCGGCUACGUGCCGAGCUCCACGCCUCAGCAGUCCAACUACAACACCAUCACGUCCACCAUGAACGGAUACGGGGCGGGGAUGACCAACCUGGGCGUACCUGGAUCCCCCAGCUUCCUCAACGGCUCCACCGCCAACUCCGCUUACGCAAUCAAACAGAAGAGCGCCUUCGCCCCUGUCGUGCGGCCACAGACCUCCCCGCCCCCCUGCACCACCACCAAUGGCAGCAACCUCCAGGCCAUGGCAGGUCUCAUCGUGCCCCCCAUGUGAGGAGGACUCUCAGCCAGGUACCGUCAGACUCCCCACAACCCUCCCCCAGCCUGAAACGCCACAACAACGUCCUUCCCGUCAUCCUUUAGACCGA